UCAGUGUGCGUGGAUCCUCAAAGGAGACAAUCACUGAUGAAAAGAGGAGGAUGAGAUCUGCCCCAUGAUCGGAUAUUUUUGGUGUUUGUCGGUGUGACUCGGUCUCUGCUAAAUGUGGAUCUGGAUUCCGGGCUCGAUUACUGGAAUGACCUGAUUGUUUAAUUCUGCUGAUGAUGGUUCGCCUCAAAGGCUGUCCUUUCUGGAGCUGAUCUCUAAUUCAAAGCCCGCCGUCAUGGAUCCUCAGCACGUCGCCAUCCUCAAACUUUUCACGGCUCUGUCUCUGCUCAGUGUGUCUAUGAUCAGAGGACUCACAGUUAUUGAUUAUUUUCAGCAGCUGGUGUAACCAUGGAAACUCCGUCACCUCCUCACAUGUGGUGUAAUGAGUCUCGUCUUCAGCGGGAGGUGGAGGUCUGUGGAGUCUACUUCAGGAAAGAUAUGGACCAGGUGGACCCUCGAAACUGGUGCAACCUGACCCACUUCAUCAGUGAGUACGACGUCUUCACUCGCUGCACUGAAGAAAAGUCUGAAGGCACCCAGUGUUUUUGGCCUAACCCUCUGGUAGAGAGCUUCAUCAUCCGCAUACAUAAACAGUUCUUCUCUAACUGUACUGACCCCCCUCCGGACUGGGUGGACCCUCCAGAUGAGAUGCUCACUGUGCUCAUCCUCAUCCCAGUCUUUCUCACGCUGGCCAUGAUCGCCAUCGUGGUGUGGUGCAGUAAGAGGAGCGACCUGUUAGCUUAGCAUCAGAGGACAGCACUGUAAAACAAGUGUGUUGGAUUCUGACUGGAGCCAAAGGAAAGAACAGUCCUGCCAAAGAACUCUGACCUCUGAUUAAUCAGUAAUCAAUUAUCUUUUGUCAAUGAUCCAACCAUGCUGCUCUCAUUCAGGUUGACUCUGCUGGUGUGUCAAAAUGAUACUUUACUCUGAGUAUAGACCAACCAAUAGAAACAAAUAAAGGAUUGACCAACCAAUAGACACAGGUAGAGGAUGGUACAACCAUAAGAAACAGGUAGAAAACUGACCAAGCAAUAGGAAGAGGCAGACCAUAGCACAACCAAUACAAACAGGGAAAGGAUAGACCAACCAGAAGAAACAGGUAAAGUACUGACCAAACAAUAGAAACAAGUAGAGGAUCAGCCAACCAAUGGAAACAGGUAGAUGAUAGCACAUCCAAUAGAAACAGGUAGAGGAUGUAUCAACCAAUAGAAACAGGUAGAGGAUGAACCAGCCAAUAGAAACAGGUAAAGUAUUGACCAAACAAUAGAAACAGGUAGAGGAUGAACCAGCCGAUAGAAACAAGUAGAGGAUGAACCAACCAAUAGAAACAGGUAGAGGAUGAACCAGCCAGUAGAAACAGGUAAAGUAUUGACCAAACAAUAGAAACAGGUAAAGGAUAGACCAACCAAUAGAAACUGGUUGAGGAUGAACCAGCCAAUAAAGACAGGUAGAGGAUGAACCAAUCAGGUUAGCUCUGUCUAUGGUUGCUGUGCUGUUCUCUUUUGAUCUCACUUAAACAGGGCAUACACUGUGCGAUUUCAAGUCAACCAUACGACAGUAGAGGCAGAAUGUCAACUCAUACUGUGCGACUGAGUUGCUUACGACGCACGCCUAUCAUGCACAAUUUAUGUGCUAAAACUGAGUCACGAGUGAAGUCGAGAUGGACUGUUUCAGAAAUCCGUGGAGUUUCCUUUUUGAAAAGUCUCAAACCCUGGGGGGGAAGUGUUUCCAGUCAUACCUCCCCCCCGCUUUCUCUCUCUAUCCCACACACAAACAGCAUCACCUCUGUGUCAGCUGCAGGUCCGUGGGUAGGAAUAUUUCCUGCUUGUUUAUUUCCUUUAUCAUAGCAUGACUGUGAGGGCAUUAGAAAGUCAUUCCAUCUGUUGUCAUGGUAAUUUAGAACGUUGUCUGACAGUUUACCAAGGAAAAAUCCCCGAACUUGUUUAUUCUGCUUGUGUUUCUGCUCUGACUGUGGAUUGUCUGGAGUCAUACCACCAAAAUAUCAAACAUGUCAGAAAUCCAUCCAACCAGUUGGGAGCACCUCGUCGAGCCGUGGACGGCUGUCGUACCCCCCUGUACAAAGCACGACAAACGACGCCCGAUCCGACUGAAAGUUGUCAAAAUCCGUGGCUGGAUUGGACGAAAAUCACACAGUGAAUGCCCAGCCUUAGAGAGUCCCAACAUUCUGUCACAUACACACAUAUCAUCUCAGUCGACUUCCAAGCCCUAUAAGUCAAACUCAGUUCCUCCUUCAGAAUACAUUUUGGCUUUAAAAAAGUAGACACAUUUUUCAGCAGUUUAUGCUGGAUUCACUUUUUUUUUGCUACAUAUUGUUUUACAUACUGUUUAAGUUUGAUAGUGAUUUUUGGAUCUCAGACCUUUACCAUGUGUGCCUGAUAGAACGUCUCGUACUGCAGAUUAAAUCAGUUUGACAAACAGAAGUUACCUGAAUGAGAGGAGAAUGGAUUGUAGAUCCAGCAGACAUCUAGAGCAGAAAACCAGGUUUGAUUGGAAGUAUUAAAGACUAGUCAAGAGGUCAUGAUCUCUUAACUGCUGACACAACCUCUUCUCUGACAGCCCCAGAAAUCUAAGAACUAGAUUCAAACUAUCAGGUUUUCUUUUGGAGGAUACUAACUGUCCCGUUGUCCUUGUUUGGAGUGUUCUAACUAAACUAAGCUAAGCUAAUUGUCAGAGACUUGGAGGAUAAAGUCAUCAGUGAUUUGGUAACUGGACCAGAAGGAUAAAGAUGAAAUCUCUGAGCUGGAUGACUCGGAGUAUUGAUUUUUAGUCCUGUUAUCUGAGGAUGAACCGAUGCUGAAAGCCAAAAGUCUGUGAACCCUGUGAUUCAGAAGGUCAGCCGCAAAGGACUUGCCUAAUUAGACUCAAAGGACUUGACUGUUAAGUCUACAGACUGAAAAGGUUUCUGUUUAACUGUAAAGGACUCAUCAGUUUGAGCUCAAAGGACUUGUCUGGGCAACAGUCUGUCUGACUUGGAACUAAACAAACUCAGACUGGUCCGUGAUGGUAUUUCAAUCGUUUAAUGGUUGUAGUUUUAGAGGGCGGUUGUGUGAACCAAAGACUGGAUCAUAAAUGAGCACACAGAAGCUCUAAGUUGUAAUUAUUCAUGUUCACGCUGCUCUCUCUCUACACGUCUGUUUGUAAACGUCCUCUAAUCUCCACCUCAGCACGCUGCAGCUCAAUGAUUUUACUUCAAACUGUGACCCUCUGUCUGUGAAACACUCAAAAUUCCUCCAUUAAAUCUCUGAAAUGUC